AUGGGGAUCCCGCGAGCCUGUCUGCGGGCCUCUCUCUUCCCCUUCUAUGGUAUCCUGCCGGGUAUGAAAGCAUACCCACUUGGCAACCUCGACCUGCCGGUCACGUUCGGCGGCAGGACCAACUACUGCACCGAGACCCUCACUUUCGAGGUGGUAGAUUGGAAGGGGGCGUAUCACACCAUUCUCGGGUGCCCCGCCUACGCCAAGUUCAUGGCCUACGUCAGUAGUCGCGAGCACUUUGACCUCGCCACCACUGUCGCGGACUCGGCGGAGCUCAGCCAGCUUCGCGCCACCACCGCCGAGUGUCGCCCUGACCCUGGCAAGCCUAGCCAGGCACCGACUUUUGUCUCGGCCGAGGAGACCAAGUCGGUCGCGGUCGACGAUGCCGACCCGACCAAGACGGUGCAAGUUGGCUCUCAGCUGUCGGCCAAAUAG